GUCCUUGGCAUGUUACUUCACUCCUCAUGCGACUGCGCUCCUAGAAAAUUCCUAGUCUAGGGAAUCAUAUCUUGGCGUCUAGCUGCAUGGGUAUAUAUUGAAAACUCGGCAUAUUGACAGAAGACCAAAGACAAAAUGUCUGCGCCUGGAGGGGCCCCGAGCCCUGCGCCGCGCAGUGCAAGUAUCGGGCCCGGAGGUGGUAUGCCCAUGCCUCCUCAGCAGCCGAUGCCUUCUCCCCAGGUUGGCGGUGGUACGCCUGGUUCGGCGACAGGAUCGACUGGAGUCAUGUCCCAGCAGAACCUUAACCAGAUAGUCAUCGACUAUCUUGCCAAGAAGGGAUACAGCCGCACUGAAGCCAUGUUGCGCAUGGAAUCCGCAAAUCAGGAGAUUGAUGGCCGCCCUCUGCCUCCUUUGGGCGAGGAUGCGCGUCCCAAGUAUCGAGCUGGCUUUGAUUUGCUCAAAAGCUGGGUUGAGGACAACCUGGAUCUCUACAAGCCGGAACUGAGACGCGUCCUCUGGCCGUUGUUUGUCUACUCUUUUUUGAACCUUGUCACCUCCUUCUACCCUCAGGAUGCCAAGCAGUUCUUCGCUACCAACAAGAACCUCUUCCUUCCUGAACACAGUGAAGAUAUCCGUGCUCUUGAGCCUAUCAGCCUCCCUGAACACGUCCAGGACAACUCCACUGCUAAGUUAUAUCGUGGCAACAAGUAUCGUCUGAUCCUGAGCAAUCCUGCCUUUUCGAACCUUAUGCAGUUCUUGGAAAAUAAGCAGAAGGAAGGCGGUUCGGUUAUGUCCGCUAUCCUGAGCAGCUACUGCACCAUUAUCACCAAGGAACGUACUGCGGACGAUCGAUUCAGCUUUGCUGCCAUGCUUGGCAAAUCUGGUGAUACGCAGACCUUCCCUCUUGAGGAUGAAGGUAUCCCUGGCCACCAUCCGGGCUCCGCUUACACUGGAGAUAAUCCUGCCAUGACUGGGACUCUUCCUCGUCUUAAGCUCGGAAAUCUUCCUCCUGAAGCUCAGCUUGAAGAAGAUGUGAGAGGUGAACUCGCGGAAGAAGAUGCCAAAAACCCUCCUGUUGCCGGUCGCAACACUCUCGUCCAGGAAUAUGAUCAGAUGAUCAAGAAAGAAGAGGAUGAAGAUGCUCCAACUCGUGCUGAGAUUCGUUACCCGCCUUCUACUGCACGUGACGUUGCAAUGGAAGUGCAGAAAGUCAAGGAGAACCGUGACAGGUUCAAGAUCGAAGGUCGUACUGGUGGCGUUGGCCCUGCUGUCAGUGUCUGCAUGUUCACCUUCCAUAAUACUUACGACGGAAUUACGUGUCUCGACUUCUCGGACGACAACAUGCUCGUUGCUGCCGGUAUGCAGGAAUCGUACAUUCGUGUCUGGAGUCUCGACGGACAGAAGAUCAAGCCCACUCAUGAAGGCAUCGAUGAUAAGCCGCUCGCGAACUCACACCGUCUGAUCGGCCACUCAGGACCUGUCUACGCUGUCGCUUUCGCUCCCUCUACCACUCCUACUGACGGUUCACUUGCACCCACCAACGUUCGCUUCCUGCUUUCCUCUUCUGCGGACAAGACUAUCAGACUGUGGUCUUUGGAUCUUUGGCAGUGCAUGGUUGUUUACAAGGGCCAUGACCACCCUGUUUGGGACCUUUCCUGGGGACCGUACGGUUACUACUUUGUCUCUGGCGGCCACGACAAGACUGCGCGUCUCUGGGCUACUGACCGUAUUCGUCAACAGCGUAUUUUCGCCGGACAUGAUCAGGACGUUGACUGCGUCUGUUUCCACCCCAACUCUGCCUAUGUCUUCACCGGCAGUUGUGACCGCACUGUCCGUAUGUGGGCUGUGACCACUGGUAACGCUGUCCGCAUGUUCACUGGCCAUACGGGAAAUAUCACUGCGCUGGCUUGCAGCAAGAACGGAAAGAUACUGGCGUCUGCCGAUGACCAGGGAUCUAUCAUCCUCUGGGAUCUCGCUCCGGGUCGCCAGCUCAAGCGCAUGCGCGGCCAUGGAAAGGGGGGCAUCUGGUCACUGAGCUGGAGUGCCGAGUCCACCGUUCUUGUUUCCGGUGGUGCAGAUGGGACCGUCCGCGUGUGGGACGUUGCCGGUCCCGCUCAGGAUCCUGCAGCGGCCCAAGGACGGGUCGUCGGCGAGGGCGGAGCGGGCACCAAGAUCGAUGCCGGCAAUGCUUCCGCUGCGGGCGCGCAGCCCUCCGCCUCUGUUGGCCCAGGAUCCAACAAGAAAAAGGGUAAGGAUGUCGUGGUCACUCCUGACCAGAUCAGCGCUUUUCCCACCAAGAAAAGUCCUGUGUACAAGGUCAAAUUCACGAACAUGAACUUGAUCGUGGCCGGCGGUGCUUACCUCCCUUAAACGGGGCAGGUUCAGCAGGGGGUGACCCUCGGAUGCGCCUUUCAGCUUUA